AUGCAGGAUCCCUACAUGAGCCAAAUCAUCAACGGGACAAAAAACUACGAGUUCCGCAAGUACUGCCUGAAGCCCAGCGUCAAGCGCAUCUGGUUUUACCGCACCGCGCCGCACUCGACCCUCACCCAUAUCUGCGAGAUUCUUCCAGCAAGGACGCGAAACCCCGGCGAUGCCCCUAUCGAGGAACACGGAUCUGAAAACGCAGAGUUCAACAACAGGCACAGAGACUGGGCCGGUUACGAUUUCGCCUACAAGAUUGUCUCGGUUUACGAGCUGCGGAAGCCAAUAUCACUAGCCGCGAUGAGAGGGGAAUAUGGGUUCAAGUCCGCUCCCCGAGGUCUGGUAUGCCUACCGCAGUCGGUGGUCAAGCGUGUAGCGUGGCGUCAACAGAAGCUUGUGCUUGGGAACAAGAAUGCAAAUGAUAACGGUGGUGGGGAUAAGGAUAAGAAGGCAGAUAGGCACGGAAACGGAGGCGACUCGGCAGAGUCCUGA